UUUUGCUAUGAGCAAUUGCUAGAAACUUAUCAGAUAAUUAAUUUCAAACCGAUGACAGCAACAUUUUAUUAACACGGAACUUUCAAUACCAAACUUGUCAAAGUCGAAUUAUGAGAACCUAUUGUGUCUUAAAUCUCUUCCUUUAUGUCUUAUGCUGGGCUAAUGACAACAUUCACCCUGAGACCAGACUGCGAGAAGAUUUAUUGACAUUUGAUUGUCAUCCGUUAAGUCGCCCUAUUCGAAAUCUAACCACUGUUACAUUUGUGGAGUAUAUUGGGGGUAUUUAUCAACUUGUUGGCUUCAACUCAAUAGAUCAGUCGAUAGAGCUGUUGAUGUUUCAAACAUUGCGCUGGCACAGUGAGUUCUUGAAAUGGGAUCCAGCAAAUUAUUCUGGAAUUGAGAAGAUCCGAAUAUUUCAAAAUAACAUUUGGAAGCCUGACAUUCUUCUGUAUAACGAAAUAAUUAAUUUCGAUUAUGAGAAAUUCUUCUUAAUUGAGCCUCUAACUGUUAAUUAUUCCGGUGCUGUGAGUUGGUCUCAGCCAAUUCACUUGGAAACUACAUGCUCGAUGGAAGUGACGAACUUUCCGUUUGAUUCACAAACUUGUGAAAUUGUGAUGGGAUCAUGGCAGUACACAUUGGCUGAAUUAAGACUAGUUUGUGAUGAGCUGGAUUUGAGAAAUUAUAUACCUGAUAGUCUAUGGGUCUUGCAAGAGGCUUCGUGUCGAGAGCAGUUUAUGGGAGCAUUCAGUGCCGCAGUAAUAACCCUGACCUUCAAACGACUUGAAACUUUCUUUGUGAUCAAUUUAAUAAUUCCCACUGUUUUACUCCUGGGAAUCAGUUCCCUUACUUUCUUCAUUCCGGGAGAAAUUGGCGAGAAACUCAGCUAUGGUGUAACUGUUACACUAUCGCUUUGUGUCAACUUGACAAUUUUCACAGAUUUCAUUCCAAUGACGUCAAAAACAUUUCCCAAGCUGUUCACAUUCAUUCUAUCCAGCAUUGUUCUGUCGUGCAUAUCAAUGGUUUUGGCAACAUUCUCUGUUAAUUUUGAUGAGAUCAGCAGAAAUAGCACAGAUGAAAACAAAACUGCAGCGUUUGAAUCACAAUCUAGUGGUAUGGCGUUGAAUGAGCUUGCACAUCGUGUUUGCCCAGACAAAACUAAGAAGAUGACUCAGCUAAGAAAAGUUGACACAGUUAUUGGGUUUAUAUACCUUAUGGGAGUUACAAUCUACUCUGUGAUUUUUUUCAUAUCUAUGAGUCUUUGA